GAGCUGUCCCGCCCCCACGUGGGCCCCGGGAGACUAAAACGAGCUACGGCGGUGGCGGGAGCGACAGCUCUGAGCCCUUGAGGAGCCAGAGCUGUACACAGAGCUGAGGGCACAGCAGACACCUCGGGAGCCCUCGGUUUCAACCAGCUGGCUGCCUGUUGCUCUGCCCACCAUGCAGCCCCAGUCGGUUCUGCACAGCGGCUACUUCCACCCGCUGCUUCGCGCCUGGCAGACGGCCACCGCCACCCUCAGCGCCUCCAACCUCAUCUACCCCAUCUUUGUCACGGACGUUCCUGAUGACGUACAGCCCAUCGACAGCCUCCCGGGAGUGGCCAGAUAUGGUGUGAACCGGCUGGAAGAGAUGCUGAAGCCCCUGGUGGAAGAGGGCCUGCGCUGCGUCCUGGUCUUUGGAGUCCCCAGCAGAGUCCCUAAGGACGAACGGGGCUCUGCAGCCGACUCUGAGGACUCCCCAGCCGUCGAGGCGAUCCGUUUGUUGCGCAAGACGUUCCCCAGCCUCCUGGUGGCCUGUGAUGUCUGCUUGUGUCCCUACACCUCUCACGGUCACUGUGGGCUCCUGGGCAAGAACGGCACAUUCCAGGCCGAGGAGAGCCGCCAGCGGCUGGCAGAAGUAGCACUCGCCUAUGCCAAGGCAGGAUGUCAGGUGGUAGCCCCAUCGGACAUGAUGGACGGACGUGUGGAAGCCAUCAAGGAGGCCCUGAUGGCACAUGGACUUGGCAACAGGGUAUCAGUGAUGAGCUAUAGCGCCAAAUUUGCAUCCUGUUUCUAUGGACCUUUCCGGGACGCGGCCCAGUCAAGCCCAGCUUUUGGAGAUCGCCGCUGCUACCAGCUGCCGCCAGGAGCACGGGGCCUGGCCCUCCGAGCCGUGGCGCGGGAUGUGCGGGAAGGAGCCGACAUGCUCAUGGUAAAGCCAGGAAUGCCCUACCUGGACAUCGUGCGAGAGGUGAAGGACAAGCACCCUGAGCUCCCGCUUGCUGUGUACCACGUUUCUGGAGAGUUCGCCAUGCUGUGGCACGGAGCCCGGGCCGGGGCAUUUGAUCUCAAGGCUGCUGUGCUGGAGGCCAUGACCGCCUUUCGCCGCGCAGGUGCCGACAUCAUCAUCACCUACUACACGCCUCAGCUAUUGCAGUGGCUGAAGGAGGAGUGAUGGAGACGGCGUACAAGACCCCAUAACUAGAACUUCUAAAAGGUCCCGGGGCCUUGGAGAAGUGAAAACCAAAGUAAAUGCUGCUUUAGAACUGUGCCCGCGCGCUCUUCCUAUUCACAUGCUGGUAGGUGCUUUCUGCCAGCAUGCUUUCUGCCAGCAUGCCAGAUCCCGCCACUCGAGUCUCACCGGCCAUCCCGGGCUUCCCUGCCCCUCCCCUGGGUCAUCCCUGAGGCCCUCCUCCACCACCCCAGCUCCUUCUUCUGGCGUGGCUUCAUCUUGAAAGCUACUGGGAGCCAAGGGCACAGGCUUGGCAGGGCCCGGGAGAGGGGCUUGGAGCAUUAGGGAAAGAGGAGGGCGGUUGCAUCUUGAAUCAUGAGAAGCUCUGGAAAGCCCGAGGCCUCUGGCAGCAUAGAUGGGCCCUGGGACAGAGGCCUAGAUUGACAUCUUCGGGUUUAGACUUGAGAUUUGCCACGAUUCCUCCAGAAGGUGCUUCCCACCUGGGUCCAUGUUGCCAGGCUGCCUGAAAUCGUCUGCUUUGAGCCAUAUACCCAGAGAAGAGUUACUUGUUCAUGAGCAGAAACGCUGCCUUCUGAAGAUCAAAGUUCAGAAGCAAAGAGAGAGUCCCUGGCUGUUCAAGAUGCCACCACCAAAAAGGCUUUUCUGUCGAGAAAAUUUUUGAGAACAUCGGCUCGGUGCCCAGACACAGUGCCGGGUACUGGGGAUAUAGCAGGACAGACCUCAGCCUGUCUCUGUGUAUGAAAUCUAUGCAGGGAUAAUAGGGAGACAGACAACAAUGAGAAAACAAAGCAGUUACAAGUUGUAAUAAGCGCUUUGAAGGAAAGAAAGGGUCUGACACCAAAAAUAACAGACCAUGGGUGUGUCUCAAGAGGGUGGUCGAGAAGCCCUCCCUGAGGCCAAGGGACAAGAAGGGAUCCUCCCAGAGAACAGAGGCAAGUGCACCAGAAGCUGCAAGAAUGACACAAAGUGUGCAAAGGUCCUGCAGUGGGAGGAGCUUGGCAGGGCUCCUGGGAGCAGGGUGAGGAAGAGGAGGGUGAUUGACCGGACCGGAAGUUGGAAAGGUAGGCCCUGCACCUUGUAAGAAGCUUGGUCUUAUUUUGCAUUUGAUAGAAAGCCAUCUGAAGGAUCUUAACCAGGAGUUAUGUGUGUUCCACUUUCCCACAUUCUGUUGCCAUGAAAAAAAGGAAGCGUGAGAAAGAGGCUGAUUGGGAGGCUCUCGUAGACCCCAGAGAGCACUGACACUGGCCUGGACCAGGGUGGUGGCAGUGGAGGCAGGAAGGAGUAGAAGUAUUCAGGAUACAUUAAUUCAGGCAGAAUUAGCAAAUUUUGCCUGAGUUUUUAAGUCUAGGGAACGAGAGGAAACAAGGGUGCCCUCACGGGUUUCUGGCUUGGGUGCCUGGAUACGUGCUUUCAUUCUUCCGAGACUCACGGCAUAAUGUUCCUCUUAGGAAAGGUUAAGGCCUGGCUAUAGAAGGGCCAUUUUGCGAGUCUCCCUGCCCAUCUGCAAAGUGACAAGAAAUCCCAAAUCUCGGGCCAAAGCAGGUUCAAUUCAGACCUUAAAGCAGUACAAUCCAUUUUAAGUAGUACAAUUACGAACUCCCGGCAGCUCCUGUAGACAGACCAGUCUCCUCUGACUCCUGGUGGAGUCAGAGCUGCGGCUGACCUAAA